AGACCCGUUUCUCGCUCGUCUCCAAGACUCAGCAAUUCCUCAUCAGGAAAUUACAUACGUAGCAUGGCGCGCAUGCAUUUGCCAUUUCCCAGCAGGCCCUUCUUGCGGCUCUUGCUGGUGGUCGCCGCUGCCGCCCCCAUGUGCGAAGCCGCAGUCCCGGCGAUCAUCGUGUUCGGGGACUCAUCCGUCGACGCAGGCAACAACAACGUGAUCUCCACCGUCCUGAAGAGCAACUUCCAGCCGUACGGCCGAGAUUUCUUCGGCGGUCGGCCCACGGGGAGGUUCUGCAACGGCCGGAUCCCGCCCGACUUCAUCUCGGAGGCAUUCGGACUCAAGCCGGCUGUGCCGGCCUACCUGGACCCAGCGUACAGCAUCAAGGACUUUGCCACCGGAGUCUGCUUCGCCUCCGCCGGAACUGGGUACGACAACGCCACCUCCAAUGUCCUCAACGUGAUCCCCAUGUGGAAGGAGAUCGAGUACUACAAGGAAUACCAGCAGAAGCUCCAGGCGUACCUUGGCGAAGAAAGGGCCAACUUCAUCCUCUCCGAGGCGCUCUACCUGGUCUGCGUCGGCACCAACGACUUCCUCGAGAACUACUACUCCUCCCUUCCCGGUGGCCGGCAGUCCCAGUUCACGGUAAGGCAGUAUGAGGACUUCCUCGUCGGCCUCGCCACCGAAUUUGUAACCGAGCUGUACAGCCUUGGCGUCCGGAAGGUGUCGCUGACGGGGCUGAUCCCGAUGGGGUGCUUGCCGCUGGAGAGGACGACCAACUUCUUCGGCCAUAAUGAGUGUGUUCAGGACUACAACAACGUGGCCAUGGAGUUCAACGGCAAGCUGAGGAAGGCGGUGGCGAGGAUGAACCGGCGCCUCCCGGGGCUGCGGAUGGUCCUGUCGGAGCCCUACGAUCUGUUCCUUCAGAUGAUCAAGAAGCCGUCCUCCUUCGGGUUCGAAGUUACACAAAGGGCAUGUUGCGCAACCGGAUUGUACGAGAUGAGUUACAUGUGCAAUCAACAGAAUCCAUUCACGUGCGCGGACGCCAAUAAGUACGUGUUCUGGGAUUCCUUCCACCCGACGGAAAGGACAAACCAGAUAAUCUCGGAGCAUCUGGUCAAGGAGCUUCUCCUACCUACUUUUUCUUGAUGGAGUGUACGAUGAAUACAUGUGAUCUAUGACUCAUAUAUAGACACGACGCUUGUGGAGCUAUCUUAUGCUGUUCCAUGCGUAAAUUACGAUUGUUAGCAUAAAAAAUCGUCUAAAAAAACCGUAGUUGGAUCGAACAUUAUGAACAACUUAAUCUACGGAGCUCAAUCAACUUCCAUGCAUUAUAAUGUUGAUAGAUUCGCUUUAUUUGUAUAGUUUCCUCUUUUAGGUAGAAAGCCAAUCUAUCUAGAAGAUGCUAUGUGUUUGAAAGGAGAUUAUAAGUAAUUACGUGCUCCCAAGGUUAUUAAUUA